UAAAAGGACAAGAAAAGCAUCAAGACAAAAAAGUAUAUUCUUAUUGAAAAGACGGAAAAUAUCGUAGACAAAGAUGCUACGAGAAUAUGGAGUGGUAAGUCGUUGUCUGUCGCUGGUUCCAAACAAUCCAGGGAACCCGUACACAACGAUUGCUGGAGCCAUUAUGAUUAUAUUUGCCUUUUUCAAUAUCCUGUCAAACUCCCUUUUGAUUUUCGCAUUGUACAAAUCGAAGCAGCUACGGACAUUCUCAAAUAAAUUUAUUCUCAUAAUGACAGUGUCAGAUUUGUGCUUGGGAAUCUUUGCACAGCCUGUACUGGGAGCAUUCUGGAUAUCAAGUAGACAAAGAAACUGCCUUGAGCUUAAAUCUGUUGAAUUUACGGUGACUUUUUUGGGAUACAUUUCAUUCUUUAUGAUAAUCACAAUUUCAAUAGAUCGGUACCUUCACGUCGCAAAACCGAUUCAAUAUCAGACAAUGAUGAACAAUAAUCGGAUGAAACUAUUGGUUGUAUCUUGUUUUAUUAGUGGACUUGUUGCUGCCACAAUUAGCGUAUUUCAGAGGGUUGCAACUAAAAGGACAAGAAAAGCAUCAAGACAAAAAAGUAUAUUCUUAUUGGAAAGAGGAGGAAUUUCAAAGAUAAAGAUGGUACGAGGAAAUGGAGUGGUAAGCCGUUGUCUCUCGCUGGUUCCAAACAAUCCAGAGAACCCGAAUACAACAAUUGCUGGAGCCAUUAUGAUUAUAUUUGCCUUUUACAAUAUCCUGUCAAACUCCCUUUUGAUUUUCGCAUUGUACAAAUCGAAGCAGCUACGGACAUUCUCAAAUAAAUUUAUUCUCAUAAUGACAGUGUCAGAUUUGUGCUUGGGAAUCUUUGCACAGCCUGUACUGGGAGCAUUCUGGAUAUCAAGUAGACAAAGAAACUGCCUUGAGCUUAAAUCUGUUGAAUUUACGGUGACUUUUUUGGGAUACAUUUCAUUCUUUAUGAUAAUCACAAUUUCAAUAGAUCGGUACCUUCACGUCGCAAAACCGAUUCAAUAUCAGACAAUGAUGAACAAUAAUCGGAUGACCCUAUUGGUUGUAUCUUGUUUUAUUAGUGGACUUGUUGCUGCCACAAUUAGCGUAACAUGGACACUGGAGCUGGGAGGAUUGCAGCUUCGCUAA